AUGUCAAGUAGCCUCGUCUCCUCCCUUUUCGUCCAGGAGCAAGAGAUAUAAUUCGUAUCUGUAAAUAUUCCAUGAUAUUAUCCCAUUCUGUCAUAUCGACGUGUUUAAUUUAAUAUGUUUUGAGGUGUUAGUAUUGUUAUUAGACGUUUAGAGUAUUACAAAAAAUGACAGAUGAUCAGAUACACUUGUAGCUAGCUAACGUUAGUCGUAUUGAAGGUAAGAUUGUAAACAAUCAUAAUAAUCGUAUGAGCAACAUGGUUCAGAUGACCCCAAAACAGCUCAAACCGUCCGACAACUUAAAAACAAAUUAAUUUUUUUUUCUUUUGUCUUGGUCCCUCGGCUGGACAAAACCUUGCUAGAUGUAAACUGAAUGUCAUGGUUUCCUGGAGCCAUGUCUUGUAAAUCUAAAGUUGCUCCCAGUGUUGAUUUUGACCACAGCUGCUCUGACAGUGUUGAGUAUUUGACACUCAACUUCGGGCCUUUCGAGACUGUCCACCGCUGGAGGAGGCUGCCACCAUGUGAUGAGUUUGUGGGUGCAAGGCGUAGCAAACACACUGUUGUGGCAUACAGGGAUGCCAUCUAUGUUUUUGGAGGAGACAAUGGCAAGAACAUGCUUAAUGACCUGUUGCGGUUUGAUGUGAAGGACUGCUCGUGGUGUCGGGCGUUUACUACUGGCACCCCACCAGCGCCAAGAUAUCACCAUUCUGCAGUUGUGUAUGGAAGCAGCAUGUUUGUAUUUGGUGGCUACACUGGAGACAUAUAUUCAAACUCUAACUUGAAAAACAAGAAUGAUCUAUUUGAGUACAAGUUUGCUACUGGGCAGUGGACAGAAUGGAAGGUGGAGGGACGUCUGGUUGCCAGAUCGGCUCAUGGGGCCACAGUCUAUAACGACAAACUCUGGAUUUUUGCUGGAUAUGAUGGAAAUGCCAGACUGAAUGACAUGUGGACCAUCAGUCUUCAGGAUCGUGAGCAGGCAUGCUGGGAAGAGAUUGAACAAAGCGGUGAAAUCCCACCUUCCUGUUGUAACUUCCCAGUUGCCGUAUGUCGGGAUAAGAUGUUUGUCUUCUCUGGUCAGAGUGGAGCAAAGAUCACCAACAACCUCUUUCAGUUUGAAUUCAAAGGCCACAUAUGGACCCGUAUCCCAACUGAGCACUUACUGCGUGGCUCCCCUCCGCCCCCUCAGAGACGCUACGGACACACCAUGGUGGCGUUUGACCGUCACCUGUAUGUGUUUGGAGGAGCGGCAGACAACACUCUCCCCAACGAACUGCACUGCUAUGACGUGGACUCACAGACCUGGGAGGUCAUUCAUCCCAGCAGCGACAGCGAGAUGCCAAGUGGGAGGCUGUUCCAUGCAGCAGCUGUUAUCCAUGAUGCCAUGUACAUCUUUGGAGGGACUGUGGACAAUAAUGUACGCAGUGGAGAAAUGUACAGAUUUCAGUUUUCUUGUUACCCAAAGUGCACACUUCAUGAGGACUAUGGCAAACUUUGGGAAAACCGUCAGUUCUGUGAUGUAGAGUUUAUCUUGGGAGAGAGGGAGGAGAAGGUCCUGGGUCAUAUUGCCAUUGUAACAGCUCGCUGUAAGUGGCUCCGAAAGAAGAUUCUACAGGCGAGAGAUCGACAGAAACAGAAGAGUAAACUCGAAUGCAAUGAGGAGAGUGAGGAGUCUGGCUCAGGCAGUCAGAAGGACAACUCUGGGAAGUCCUCAAGGGGUCUUCCUUUAUUGGAAGUGUCAAUCAGAGAGGCAGAUGCUCAACCAUUUGAGGUUUUGAUGCAGUUCCUGUACACAGACAAGAUACAGUACCCACGUAGAGGUCAUGUGCAGGAUGUGCUGUUGAUCAUGGACGUUUAUAAACUUGCUUUGAGUUUUAAACUCUCCAGACUGGAGCAGCUCUGUGUUCAGUACAUUGAGGCAUCGGUCGAUCUGCAGAAUGUCCUGAGCGUGUGUGAAAACGCAAACAAACUUCAGCUGGACCAGCUCAAGGAACAUUGCCUGAACUUUGUGGUCAAGGAGAGUCACUUUAACCAGGUCAUCAUGACUAAAGAGUUUGAGCACCUGUCCACUCCGCUGAUCGUGGAGAUAGUGAGACGCAAACAGCAGCCUCCUCCCAGAGUCUAUUCGGAUCAGCCGGUGGACAUAGGCACAUCUCUGGUGCAGGACAUGAAGGCUUGUCUGGAGGGGGCGGGCCAUGAGUUCUGUGACAUCAUCCUUCUGCUUGAUGGUCAUCCGCGCCCUGCACAUAAGGCUAUACUUGCAGCUCGCUCCAGUUAUUUUGAGGCCAUGUUCCGCUCCUUCAUGCCAGAGGACGGGCAGGUGAACAUUUCAAUAGGCGAAAUGGUUCCUAGCACACAGGCCUUUGAGUCUAUGCUGCGCUACAUUUAUUAUGGGGACGUCAACAUGCCUCCAGAGGACUCACUAUAUCUGUUUGCAGCACCUUAUUACUACGGUUUCUCCAACAACAGACUGCAGGCUUACUGCAAGCAAAAUCUGGAGAUGAACGUUACUGUAGAGAAUGUGUUACAGAUCUUGGAGGCGGCUGAUAAGACUCAAGCUCUGGACAUGAAGAAACACUGCCUGCAUAUUAUAGUCCAUCAGUUCACCAAGGUGUCCAAGCUCCCCAACUUGCGAUCGCUCAGCCAACCACUGCUGUUGGACAUCAUUGACUCGCUGGCAUCCCACAUAUCAGACAAACAGUGCACUGAGAUGAGCUCUGAUAUAUAGUCGCUCCUCCCCUUUCACAUCCCAUCCAAUACUUUAUGAGCUUUUUCAUUAACGCUUCUUCUCCAUUUCCUUCCCUUUUCAUCCAGCACCUCCUCCCAACCCUUAUAAUUCUGCUUCACACCCCUUCUGUUCACUGCUUCACUUUACUCUGGAUUUUAUUUACCAAAUUGUGUUUAAGAGACAUGCUGGGUGAUUGUUCAUUUUCAUUCGUUUUAAUAUGCAAAUAUUUUGGGCUAAUGCCUUUUUUUUAGUAGUGAACAUCAGAUCAGUUGAUGGCCCACAACGUUGUUUAAUUAGACAUACAGUUAUGUGUCCCAUAUAAUGAAAGAUUUGAAAACUUCACCCCUAUUAGUAUGAAUUAAAAAAAAAAAUGUCCAGGUAACCUUUAAUUUCAAAAUCCAAAGAAAAAAAACAAUGAUAUAUUGCAUAAAGAAAAUGAACUUAUUUUAUAGCCAUCUUUUUUUAGCACCAAAUUAUGAUUCAAUAAAUGAUUUCAUCAGGUUCUUGUAAGUGCAACAAGUACAAAUAAUACCAUUGAGUAUAAAUACAUAUGUAUAUAUUUUGCGUUACAGCUUCAUGAGAAUUAUUUUUUUUACUAUGCAUAUGUUCAUUCUUUAAGUGAUUUCUUAUUUUCUUCUUUUGAUUUUUUUUUUUGUAUCAUUAAAUAUGACCUGGAUUUUAUCUACUGCACUUUAUGAAUGUAGUAUACUUUAUUUAUUCCUGAGCCUCGUAGUGAUUUUGUGCUGCUGUUGUCAGUGCUCAUAAUUAUGCAGUUAUGGCGUGAUAUAAUUAUAUAAGGGGAUCAACACAUCAACAGUCAACUCAUGUACGCUUUACUGUAAUCAUCGAGACGUUCUGUUGGUCCUGUGGGAACUAUGCCUUAAUAAAGAGUGCAACAUCA